CGAGCUUGAAGCUCUAAUGGUAAUGGAGAUGAAGAAUUCCAUGGCGAUUACUUCCUUUUCCUUCUUCUUCUUCUUCUUCUUCUUGGCGUUGCUUUUUCUUCAUGGGAUAGUCCCUGUUUCCUCUUCUUCGCCUCUCACGAGCAGAAACCAGGUCUAUGAAGAAUCUCCCGGUUCAAGAACUCUUAAGCAAGAUGAGGAACAUGUUCCUGAAGUACAUUGUUCUAGAGAAAGAAGUAGGGCAGCAUGGAAAAUUGUCGAGGAGUUCUUGAUGCCAUUCGUGGAACAAGAGCGCUAUCAGAUUUCAACCAAGUGUCGGCUUCAUCCUGACAACGACAUCUUUAGAUAUCAGGAGCAGCACAAGGUUCAUGUGGAUAUGAAUGAGUGGCAGUGUGGAUACUGUAAGAAAAGCUUCCGCGCUGAAAAGUUUCUUGAUCAGCAUUUUGACAACAGACACUACAAUCUUCUUAAUGUUAACGGAAGCAGGUGCAUAGCUGAUUUAUGUGGGGCGUUGCACUGUGACCAUGUGAUGAAUACAAAAUUGCCGAAAACCAAAUGCAAUCCUGCUGCUGUUGCAAGAAAUCGCCAUUUAUGUGAGAGUCUUGCUGAUAGCUGUUUCCCCGUUCAGCAGGGACCCUCAGCAAGCCGCCUUCAUGAGUUGUUUCUGCACCAAUUUUGUGAUGCUCUCACUUGCUCUGGGAAACAAAAACCUUUCUCCAGAGGAGGCAAGAAGCAAACAAGUAUACUAUACCUGGCUAGUUCAAUACUGACUUUGAUGCUGCUCCCCAUUUUCUAUGUUAUUGUUUUCUUGCACCAAAGAGAAAUGAAAAUGAGAAGCCAAGAGCUUAGGCGCAUCCCGCGAGCUGGACGAAAGAUAAAACCCUCAUAAGUCAUAAAUGCUCUUUGAACAAUCUAUUCGUUUGACAGACAAAAAGGAUAUGACAACGGUUUCCAUACACCAAUUUGCAUGGCGCUCACAAAUUUCGCUCGCACAUGUUUAUAUUGAACAAAGGCACAAUGGAGUAUAGAAGCGUCAAGAAAGCGUAUAUUGCAAGAAGCGAAACUUGCCAGAAAACCAAUUAGAAGCUACAUGAAAAUAUUGUUUUCCUAGUAAAAGUUCUGCUUGAUGAAAAAAAAAAAAUAAAAUAAAACAGCAUAAGUUUGUAAAAGAAGAGGGAUAUUAUCUCAAAAAAUCAAUGGUCUUUAACUCUUCUUUUCUGUACUACAAAUUAUUCAGUGUCAAUUGGAGCUCUCUUUUUGCUCUGUUUCCCCUUUCAUAAACAAGAAGGCACUGUAAUAUUCCAAUUAUUCUGCAAGCUGAUGCUUAAAUAUUCUGACCACGAUAAGAGCCCCAUCACCAUUUCUGCACAAAUAGAUUUGAUUUUCACAAUCAGCUACUUAAAUAAUGGCUACAGUCUAUAAUCCAUCAGAUUAGAAAGGCUUUCUAUAUUACUUAAAUUGGUCUUUU